UUCAUAUGUGACCCUAAUUGUUCAAAGUGCCGGACAGAUGUAAUCCUGAUUCAAUUUGUAUGUGGAUUUAGAACUCUGAGAUUACCCAACUGAUCACACUCAGACAAGGUGUUUCCAGCUAUUCGGUGAGUGGAUGAGGCCCCUACUACAGGGACAUUGAGAGUGGAGCUGAAGAAAAUACUGGCACGAAUAGGUAAUGGAGACCUACAAUUACUCUUAUGACUACUUGGUGGAUUAUGAUUAUGAUUAUUAUAAUUCCACCACAAUUAGAGUUAAGCAAGAGCCAUCGCACAAUGCAGGAGACAUUGCUAGAAUCCUCUCUGUUGUAGUCUACAGCCUCACCUGCCUCCUGGGAAUUCUGGGAAACGGCCUAGUCAUCACGAUCAUCACUUUCAAGAUGAAAAAGUCCAUUAAUGCCAUUUGGUUUCUCAACCUGGCUGUUGCCGACUUUCUUUUCAACGUCUUCCUGCCCCUGAAUAUCGCGUACACUGCCAUGAACUACCAUUGGGUCUUUGGGGCGGCCAUGUGCAAGUUAAAUUCUUUCCUCCUCAACCUAAACUUGUACAGCAGUGUGCUGCUGCUGACGACCAUCAGCUUAGACCGCUGUGUGUCCGUGGUCCUUCCAGUCUGGGCCCAAAACCAUCGAACUACUACGCUGGCAUGUUUGGUUUGCGUCGUCGACUGGGUGCUUGGUUUGGUAAUGAGUUCCCCGUCUCUCGUUUUCCGGGAUACUGCAACUCACGAAGGCAAUGUGAUAUGUUUUAGUAACUACACCUUGUCUGGGAAUAAGUAUGACCAUCCUCUGGGCAUGAGGAGACACCAGACUGUAAACCUUGUCAGGUUUCUGACAGGGUUUGUCAUUCCCGUCACCAUCAUCACAGUCUGUUACAUGAUCAUUGUUGUCAAGCUGAAACGAAAUCGGCUUGCCAAAUCCAAAAAGCCCUUCAAGAUCAUUGUCACAAUUAUUGUGACCUUCUUCUUGUGCUGGACCCCCUACCAUGUCCUGAACCUCCUGGAAACACAGCAUGAGCAAGUCUCCCAUGUGGUAUUCAAGAUUGGGAUUCCCAUCACCACGGCUCUGGCUGCGGCCAGCAGCUGCAUGAAUCCCAUCCUGUAUGUCUUCAUGGGCCAGGACUUUAAAAAGUUUAAGGUGACCAUCCUCUCCAGACUACUGAACGCUCUAAGUGAAGACGCCACCCCCUCGACUCUCGCUCAGAGGAGCUUCUCUAAGAUGUCCUCAAUGACUGAAAAGGAUACCACCCUCCUCUGAGCUCUACGUUUGGUACCUCGGGGCUCACCCAGGAUAAGCUCCCAUCCGCUUUUAUUUAGAAGCAAAAGAUAAUUGCACUGAGAUCUAUGAAUGCUCUCUAGUGCUUUCAAACUGUAGUUGAAGAACACUUUCCAAGUGUUCCAAGCAGUGCUUGGGUUUUCCCUAUCAAAUCUGUGCAUCUACCCACAUUAGUCAUGUCUGAUGACGAGUGCCAUGAAUCUUCAUUAUAGAUUCUCUGACCCAGAUUGUUAAAGGGACAAACCAUAGCACAUUUUAUAUGCAGUCCCAAUACCAACGCUGGUAGCGCUUCAUGUACCUUUUACUUGCACCUUUACACUCCUCAUGCCUCCUGAACUGCUCCAGAGAAGGACAAUACCACCUUAAAGCACCUGGAAUCAAAACUACAGAUAUGGAUUAUGAUGUCCUAGAGUUUGGAAUGCUCUGUGGCCAAAAUGCAUUUCCAUCUUUGGCUAUUGGCUAUUGGACGAGUUCAUUCAUUCAGUCUUUGGCCCAAAUCAGAUCCUCAAAGAUUAUACAUGCUUGCACCCAAUAACUGUGUGUUUAAACUCUGCAUUAAUGGUGACUGCACAUGCAGUCUGGUAUUUGCAUGCACAAAUCUUCAUUUGCACAUACAAAUUAGCACCCAAAUUUAGAAAACUUGGCCAUAAAUGACUAGAAGACUGGGUAAUGUAGACGUUUCCAGAGACGAAGGAAAUUGAAGAGACUUAUGCCAAAGAGAGAUAAAAGUGCAGAGAAGAGAAAAUCAGAUUGCUUCUCAGUGAAGUCGGGGAGAAGGUGGAGGAGGCCAUGACUUCUAACUCUUAGCUUUGGGGACAUCCUUCCAAUGCCCACCACUAAGGAUAAGAUUAUGUCACCGAAGACAUGGAUUCUGUAACUUUCACAGACUUCCAUGACAUUUUCUGCUUCAGCCCCAGGGUAGCAGGGGCCCUAGCUGUCAGCCAGCAGGGGCCCUGGAGCUCCAAGCUAUGCCAGGCUCUGAAGGCCCCAGAACUCUCAGCCACUGCAGGGGGCAGGAGGCCCCAGAGGGUGCCGGGAGCACCUGGCGUGCCACUCACAGGUGACAAAAUCUUCACCUUGCCCAUCACACAGUGGGAUCAAAAUGUGGCGCUACUCUAGCUGGGAUAUAUAUAUUGCCUAUUAUAUAAGAAAAUGAUUAUGAACAUGUUAUGCACAGUGUAUGCAUAUAGCCACUUAACCAACCUCUUAAAGGCAUAGAAUAUGUUGGUACUAGUAUAAUCAUUUUUUAAAAUUGUGUUCUGAAUAUUCUUUUCUCAUCAAGUCCACCUUAAGUCAGAGGGGAUACAGAAGAACAAAUAAAUAUCAGACAGAAUACUGAAAAAAACGCACACUCACAUAACACCUGUACCGCAAAGGGGUCAGAAAGCGUUCCUGAUAUACGUACUACGUACCAGGAUAACUUCUUCCACCGCUACAAUGCAGCCAUCUCUGGGGUUGAAUGUGGCACCACAUGCAAAAACACUACACAACCGUUUCAGACAAGAAGUGAAGAAUAACUUGUGUGAUUAAAACUGAGUGGGAGAACUGAUGGAAAAGUCCUGUAGAAUUUAACAGGAGUAAAAGUACCAGGGCACUAUAGAAAUGUGACAGGCUUAUAUAGAAAUUACUCUAAGGACCUAUAAUACUUAAUAGAGAAUAAUCCCCUUUCCAUGGUAUUAUGCUCCACCCUUUAGAAUUUUCUAGUGGAGAUAUAAUUAUGGAGCAGAACCUAGAUAAGGUUGCAGUGAGUUUCCUUUUUAGCCCCCACUUUGCCAGCACUUAACCUCUCUAUCUACAAAGAGGGGAAAUCAGCCUCACAACUGGUGAGUUAGGGCUUUCACCACAUCAGAAUCGAGCUGGAUUUGGCAUUCCUGAGUUAGGAUAUUCUCCAGCACUCUGCCAUAAGGGAACGCGAGGUUGGUAGAAUUCCCAAAGUGCGAAUUCGGCCAGGGCGCCAUGGUGAGGCUUCCCAAAAGAGCCAUGGGAUUUUUUAAGGGCCCCUCAGUCUCGCGGAUGUUAGUUUUAAUGGGCAUGUUUCCCUCUGGUGCCUGCAUUGCC